UGGUAUUUAAAGAAAAAACAAAUCAAGGGUUAGCAUUCUAAUUCAACCACCUAAAUCCCAGUUUCAAAAAUAAAGACAUUUCAGGGCUAUUGUCACUAAAUCAUUAUUAAUACCUUAUAACUUAAUGUGGGUUUCCCAGUUAGGACAGAGCUGGGAAGAACUGGCCCAGCUUUGGCUCCCAUAUCUCCACUCAGAACCAACUGCCCUAGCUUCAUUAGUACAAUGUGACGCAUACACAGUGCAUGGAGGUCAUGCAAGAUCAAGUGCCCCCUCCCCCAUUUCUGCUUGUCCUGCCCAGCAUAGGGUGGGAGAGUAGCUCCCUUCUCCUGCUAUGCCUGCUGCACUAGCAUGCUCAGUUCCUGGCAUCAAGGCCGAGUGGAGAGCAGAAAAGGCAGGACCAGCAAACUUGUCAUGCCAGUGGUUCCAGGUUGUUGCUCUAUGCAGCACAGCUGCUGGCUGCGAGAGAGCCUGGCUAGAGCAGCAGUCCGCUGGCCCAACCAGACUCUCUCUCAGGCACUGGACACACCGCACAAAGUUAGAAGCUGGAGUAGACAGAUUCGGCUGGUGUGAGAAGUGGUCCCCUGCCUCCUCCCUCGGCUCUCCAUCUGGGCCCAGUUGCCUGGAACAGGAUCCAACAUACCUGGGGAGGCAUAGCAGGAGAAGGACAGAGCCUCUCCAACCCCAGUUGGUAACGCUGAUGGGGCAAGAAGAGUGUCGUGGCUCCAGGUAGCUGCUGGGCAGGGAGAUCAUUGAGGGAAGGAGACCCACGAGGUUCUCACGUAUUCUCCCCUGUAGACUGUGCUCCCUCAGUAGCAGGAAGCAUGUGUUGUCAUGAAGUGGUACAUAUUCUUGAAGUACAACUUGAAGUUUUGUGGAACAUGGGACCUUCCCAAGGGGACUAUACUACAAAUAUUUAAAACACCAGGAAAUGCUCUCUGGAAAAAUAGCAUAUAUAAGAACUGUAGAGUCACACCAUAAUAGAGCCAAGCAUACAAUAAAAUAAAACAGAAGAUUAUACUCAGAGGAAAAGUGGAAGGUAACUGGAAUAAAUUAGCAUUGCUUCAUUGUUUUUAAAGGCGAUAAACUUAUUUACAACAGUGGAAGAUCUAACAACUCCCCAAAUGCAAGCCACAUCUAUUCUUACCACACCAAAGAUCAAUCUUCUGGGUUCAAUUUAGCAGGUCUAGUAAGAUCUAGCAGCCGUGAAGAGUAAGGUAAGCCAAGGGAUGCAUUUGCUCCCAUAAGCCUCCCACUGUGAAGACGAUGCUAAGCUCAGCUUAAGGUAUGUUGACUUCAGCAACGUUAUUUACACAGCUGGAGUUACGUACCUUAAGUUGAGGUAAAAGGAUGAUACCACAUUAGGUAAAAAAUUAGGAUGUGGUCUUGACACACUUUAAAAAAGACUGUGCAGGAUGGGUCAGCUAUGAGAGCCACUAGCUCUCCCACUCAUCUGGAUGAUGUAAUGGCCACUAGAAAAGGUGUAAUAAGGAGUCUGUAUCUAAGGGCUCAAAAGGGGGUCCGGUGAGGGCAUGGAGGAACUGACUAAGGUCCCAUGGUGGAGCAGGUUCUCUCACAUCUGGAUAGAAGUUUGAGAAGCCCGUUAAGAAGAGAGUGGUGAUGGGAUGUGCGAUAGAGAAUCCAUUGUUUUUUUAAUGAAAAAACGUAAUGGAAGACAGGUGGACAUGGAUUGAGGGUAUAGAAAUUCCAGUUAGUUUGAGUUCCAGCAGGGAAUCUAGAAUAAGGGGAAAAAAGAGGCCGACAAGUGCAGUCAGUUUAUGUUGGCACCAUGAUUCAAAGUGUUUCCACUUAUGUGUGUUUAUGUGUGCUGAAUAGUUUUCCAAUGACUAUUUAACAAUAUACUCAGUACCAUUAUGUCAUUUUGCCAUUCAGUAUCCAUGCUUUGUGUUGAAGUUUGUGGGGAUCUGGAUGGAUGCUAUAGGAGUCAAGGCAGAGGCAAGAGCUUGUGCAGUGAACAGACUGGCCUGUGGAGAAAGUAUGGAUACCACAUUUGUCAUGUCUAUGUGGUGGCUAUUAGGAUCACUAUGGCCCCAUCCUGUUUUAUCUUGCAGAAUACUCAGGAGGUGGGGGAAGGCAUAGAGGAAGGGAACAUUCCACUUAAUGAGAGCCAUCACUCUCUGGGUGAUUCAAGUCACCCUGGAGCAGAAUCAGAGGGAUUUGGAAUUUUGUGAGGUUGCAUCUGCCAUGUUAUUUUGGCAGCCAGAACAUACUGGUGAUGUUGUCCAUGAAGAUCUGUAUCAUUUUGUUUUGGAUCAACAGAUGGAAGUGUGAGGCACUGCAAACUGCAUGAAGCUACAGAAGACUGAUCUGAAGUUGGGACUCCACGGUAGACCAGCAGAUCUGUACAGAAUGAGUCUGUAGGUGUGCCUCCCAGCUAGGAGGGACCUGUCUGUAGUAAUGGCAAGGCCAAGAAACUCAAAGUCCCCACCUUGUAUCAGUGGUUGGAUCCCUUGGUUUGGAGCUGCGUUUCAGUUUGGGAGAGCUCCUCUGGAAUUUGUAGAACAAGCCAGAAUCAAGUACGGACCUGUAUUCACCAUGUACAUCCUAGGAAAUCGAUUCACUUUUGUGUCUGAGACAGAGGAUGUCCUUGCCUUUCUGAGGUCUAAAGAAGUAGAUUUGGACGAGGCAAUGCAGCAAGCCGUCAAACGCACAGUUUCAAUCUCCAAAGAAAGCUUUAAUCAGAAUCGCAUUAGUCUCUUCAAAUUGCUAACACAACAACUGAGUUCCUCUAACAUGCAUCAGUUCUCUGAGACUCUGUGUAAAGAAUUCCAUGAGCAUAUGGAGCACUUGGGCAAAGAAGGAUCAGAGGACCUCAAUCUCCUAGUAAGGCAUGUCAUGUAUCCAACAAUAACAAAAACUCUGUUUGGGAAAAGCUUCUAUCCAACUGACAAGAGCACAAUUGAUGAGUUUGAAAGGCAUUUUCAGAUAUAUGAUGAAGGAUUUGAAUUGGGAUCCCAGAUGCCAGAAUUUUUUUUAAGGAACUGGUCUAAAUCCAAAACAUGGUUACUUAAAGCAUUUGAAAGGAUUGCAACAGACAUAAAGAAACACAAAACUUCAGAAAGUGACUCUAAGACACUAAUGCAACAUGUCCUGGACAAUUUGCAUGGAAAUGGAGCUGCUGGUUAUUUGCUGCUUUUGUUCUGGGCUGCCCAAGUUAACGCUGUUGCGGGUGCCUUUUGGACCCUGGCAUUUAUACUCUCCAAUCCAUCUCUUUACAAGGACAUCAUGGAAGACAUAGUUUCUGUUUAUGGCAAAGCAGAGAAAACCAGGAUUGAAGUUGUUGAAGAUGACCUUCAGAAGCUUGUAUCAAUUAAGCGGUGUGUUUUAGAAGCCUUGCGGCUAAUGGCCCCAGGUGCAAUCAUAAGGAAAGCAAUGAAGCCACUAAAAGUUAAGAAUUUCAUCGUUCCGGCUGGUGACUUGCUGAUGGCAUCGCCCUAUUGGUUACACAGGAAUCCAAAAUAUUUCCCUGAGCCUGAAAUAUUUAAGCCUGAUCGUUGGGAAGAGGCAAAUUUAGAGAAGAAUGCUUUCUUGGACGGCUACUUGGCAUUUGGAGGAGGGAAGCACCGGUGUCCAGGAAGGUGGUUUGCUCUACUGGAGAUUCACAUGCUUGUUAUUAUGCUCCUUUAUAAAUACCAGUUUACUCUUUUGGACCCACUACCAAAGCAGAGUCUUCUCGAAUUAGUAAGGGUGUGUCACCCUGCUGGACCAUUCAGAGUGCAGUAUAAACUCAGGGAAUGAAAGAUGACUAACUCGGGUUCCUGUACCAGCAACCUCCAGACUGAUGGACCAUUUGGCAUUUUUUCUGUUCUUUAAUGAAUUCGCAGUAUUAAAAUUUUUGAUUAGAAAAAGGGUCAUAUGCUGAGAAUGUUCAGAGUAAUAGCUUUGGUUGGUAUAAAUGGAUGUAUCUCCAUCGAUUUUAGUUGCCUUCAGAGAAGCUUUGUCAGUUUACACCAGCUGAGAACCUGGGCCUCAGUAUGUAACUGAAGGACAACGUAUUGUGAACGGAAUGUUUCUGGGAAUAUUCUGGCCUUGCAAUCUAUCAGCAAUCUAGUCCGACUUCCUGUCUAAAGUAGGCCAUAGAAUUUCCCUGAAAUAAUUCCUGUUUGAACUACAGUGUCUCUUUUAGAAAAAAAAAUCCACUUUGAUUUAAAAAUUGUUAGCAAUAAAGAUUACACCAUAACCCUUAGUAAAUUGUUCUAGUGAUCACUUAUCCUUAUUGUUAACAUUUUACUCAUUUGCAGGAUGGUGUCCCUAGCCUCUGUUUGCUAGAAGCUGGGAAUGAGCAACAGGGACUGG